AUGCAGGUUGAUGAGAUAUGUCAGGUAUCUUUUUCCAUUGGCCGAACUUAUAUCGAUGAGGUAUUGUAUGAUGCAGUUAAGAUGGACGCAUGUCAUAUAUUGUUAGGUGGACCAUGGCAGUUUGAUAUUGAUAUCACGCAUAGAGGGAAGAAUAACGUUUAUAUCUUUAAGAAGAAUGGUUGUCAAAUUGUACUCAAACCUCUAACCGAGAAGGGGCCAACCAAAACAAUUAUUGCUGACAAGAAGUCUUUCUUAGUCAUUGACAAUGAAGAUUUUAUAAAAGAUGUGAAGCAAUCCGACGAGGUUUAUACUCUUGUUGUAUCGGGAAAAGAGGAUUCUGCCUCUGCCAAAAUUCCACCUGAAGUACAUACCCUCUUACAACAAUUUGAUGCAGUUAUGCCUGACGAUCUUCCUUCUGAAUUACCAAUGCUUUGA